AUGCAGACUGUUUCUACAAACAUUUGUGAAAGAAUGGGUCACUCUCAGGAGCUUAGUGAAUUCAAGUGUGGUAUCGUGAUAGGUUGCCACCUGUGCAAUAAGUCCAUCCAUGAUAUUCCCUUGUUACUAAAUAUUCCACAGUCAACUGUUAUUGGUAUUAUAACAAACUGAAAGAAACUGGGAACAACAGAACCUCAGCUAAGGAAUUAGUGAGGUCAGCCCACGCAUAAGCACACAGUUCAUAGAAGUCACCAACUAUCUAUAGAGUCAAUAGCUAAAGACCUCCAAAAUUCGUGUGACCUUCAGAUUAAAAAAACAACAGUGCGUAGAGAGCUUCAUGGAAUGGGUUUCCAUGGC